UUUUUUUACUUCUAGUUUUAUUGUUGUUACUGACAUAAGAGUAUUCACACUUCGUAGCUAAAUUUUUAUACAUGUACAGACGGCAAAUUACAUAAAUUCCGAGUAAUCAAGUGACACGUUCCACUUUAUAAUGCGCUGAUAGUUCAUACUCAAGUGACGAAUAGUAGCUAUAAAUUAUUUUGCUUAUAAUGACGAGGUGAAGAACGGGAAUCUCGGUACAUUAUUCUAUCCACCAGAGGAGGGACAAAAUGGAGGACGGCAAAACUUCUGAAGAAAUGUGGCGUAAUAAAGGAAAGACGGAAAAUAGGAACGGUUUAUUUGGUGGAGAAUCUGCUGCAACCUCAGCUGAUUCUAGCUCUGCAUCUUUGGCUGAUAUAUUUGAUACUGCUUUCACCUCCACGGUGGAUCCAUUACCACAAUCACGGUUUCCUGCAGGAAAUGAAAUGGAGUAUGAGCAUUUGUUUGCUGACAGUGAUAUAGAAGAGGCUGAUGUAGUGCCAGUAGAGCCAUUUCCAAGUCAAGCACAUCACUCGAGCUCUGAAAACAGUCUUAUAUUCUGGCCAUAUCUUCCAUCUACAGAACGCAAUGCACAUUCUCGAGAGUAUCGGCAGGCAGGACGCAUGAACUGUAAUAUGUGCCAAAGUAAGCCGGGUAGAAAUUUGCGGAAAGAAACAGUGGAGUCACAAUCGGAUGGCGGGUUAUGCGAGGAACGAGUUUGUGAAAAUUAUCGCCGAAAAAGAAUUUUACAUGAAAGAGAUAUUCCAGCUCAACACAAAUCGAAGAAAAGUGAGGAACAAAAACUGCGAAGUGUUCAGCAUGUCGACAGAUUAAGUGUACCUGGCCCAUCUAGAGUAUCAGAUCAUCCUGUUGAUUACAGUUUAACUGGUUCUGCAAACCAAAAUGGAGGUGCCUUAGACGAGGGACCACAUGAUAUUCAGAAUGCUAAUACUGAUGAACCUACUUUAUGUCCUGCACAAGUACAGUUUAAACCAAUACCAGAGCCAUCUCAACAAUCACAUCCAAAACAUCCAUUGAGAAACGACGAUGCACCAUUAGCUCCUGAUUUACAGUUGGAUUGGUCAUCUAGCAGCGACAGUGAAAAUGAAGAGGACACUGUGGAAGUGCUCGCAACUGUUAAUCAUAACAAAGGUGUCUCACAAACGGCAAACCAAGCAGCUGGUAUUGUACCAGUGGUUGAUCUUACAACAGAAUCGGAUGAGGAACAAAGCCCACCACAAGUUCAUCAGAGUGAUCCAGCCGUAAAUUCUGGUGGAGAUCGUGUUCAUUGGUACCUACCCAAUGCUCACAGGGUCAAUUCUUGCUGCAUGCAUGGACCUCCAGAUCAUCGGUCUCAUAUGUACCACCACUCUCAGACAUAUCAUGCUCAUCACAGGCCACCUGUCAUUCCUUCCAGUUACACAAACUUUACUUACCCCACUUACCAUCCAGAAGCGCCGAUAGGAGUUCCGACACCUCGCAUGUAUCCUGUACAUGAACAACUAUGGUUAAAUCAACAGCAUAUGCAAGAAAUGCAUCGUCGCAGGCUUAAUGCAAGAUCAUCUCAUCACGGAUGCAUGACACCAAAUGCACAAGUGCUACAACCUAGUAUGCACUUGUGUAGCAGCAGCAGCAGCAGCAGCAGUAGCAGCAGUAGUUCGAAUCCUCGUUGCAGUGGCAGAAAUGGAGCAAUAUUGAAUGAGAAUUAUCAGUCACCGCCUCCACCGCCAUCACCACAGCAACCUACGGUUUACAGCCAUCCAGAAAUUCUGCCUCCAAACAUGAUGAUUGGUAGUCCAUGUCCACCGCCAGUUAUGAUGCAUCCUAUUCAUCCACCGGAGCCCAUGGAACCUGGACCUGAGAUGGUUUCAUCAAUGCCAGUACACCAACAUGUGCAUCACCACAUGUAUCACUAUCAUCCACCAGGGUCUCGACAAAUUCCUCACCAUCUGCACAUCAGUUUUGGUUCUCACAUGCAUCCUGCUGCUGUGCUACCUAACUGCAGAGCUCCUGGAGGCCAGGAUAUGUUGUAUUCGGCCUUAGCACUGCCGGAUGUUCUUCAUCAAGCACGGCACAUGUCAGCACGUCUUGAACAUUUUAUGCAUGUCGUCGAUCAAAGACGCUUGACACAUAUUAGCUGCGGAGCAACACAAGAAUCUAUUGAAAGUCACACAUUCCCGCAUAAAUACAAGCGGGUGAAAAAGGUAGAGAAUGGGGAGGAUUCUGUAGAAAAGUGUACUAUUUGUCUCUCAGAGUUUGAAGAUUGUGAAAGUGUUAGGAGGCUCCCAUGCAUGCAUCUAUUCCAUGUGGACUGCGUUGAUCAGUGGCUGUGCACCAACAAGCGAUGUCCGAUAUGUCGAGUCGAUAUUGAAACAUUUCUCCACAAAGAGCUAUCGGCUUCUACAUAGCUUAAAGUUAAUAAUAUUUCGUACCAACCCCUCUUACUUGAUGAUAGUUUUUAUUAAGAAAUUCAAAUGCAAGUAUUGAACGAAAGAAGUUUAAAGUUUCGCCCGAAUAAGUAUAUACACUUAACAUCUUAGUUUUUGGCAGAUUCAGUGACGCUUAUUUGAUUCGAACACGAAAUUCGAUGAGAAUUGGUUAGAAUGUAACACGUCAAGUGUACGUGUAAUAUGAACACACCUUUGUAGUCAUGUUUCUGAAUAAUUUUUUUUAUUUUGUGUUUGGAUCAUAAUAUGCGUACAAAAAAAUUUAACCAAUCAAUAAAAAAUUGAGUGAAGAGCUCAGUACUUAGGUCGUACUAGCUGUAUUAUCCAAAGUACAUACACACUCUAUAUCAAAUCUUUUUGAGUGAAACUUCAUAACGAAUAUUGAGAAAUAUUUAUAAACAAUUCCAUAUUUAUUUGUUAAUGUUUACUAUGAAACGUGUUGCUUUAGUAAUGAUGCAAAUAAUUGUAAAUUAAUUUUAACAGAUAGACACACGAUAGUUUAUACUUGAAAUUACUCGAAAUCCAGAAACUCUUUUUCAACAAUGUUAAAUUGGUUUUACUAGAAAAAUAGCAACUAUGGUAGGAACUAAAACAAUGGAACAAGACUGAAUAAUUUUCUCCGAAUUUGCGGUACGAAAUUUAUUUGUCUUCCAAUAAAUUAAUUAAUGGAACAUUUAAAAAAAAAUGUCAAACAAGCGUCAAUCUUAAAUCAUUCUAAUCAAAGCCAAAGCAUCAGAGAAGAGAUUUAAGUCUGUGAAAAAUUAUUUGAUAACUACUCAUGAACUGUUUCACCACUAAUAACUCAAUUCUAAUAAUUGAAUACUAAUUUAUGUAUCAAAUGAAGAGUUACAACUUCAUGUUGAGUUGCUCUGCGUAAUAGUUCGUCAGAUAUGCACUUUUUUCAUUGGAUUUGUAAAUGGUGCUUUACAAAGAACUACAUUAAUUGAAAAUAGUGAAUAAAAAUAAAAACAAAUUAUGAUGAUAGUUUCAUGUUGUAAAUUGCAGAUUAGGAUAAACGUAUCUUUUGAAGUAAUAAAUAUCCUAAUUAUUUUUAAUAACAAUAAAGUUAACUUCAUUUAUUCGUAUGUAUAGUAUAUCUACUGAUACGAUAUUGUGUAACUCUCAUUCGGUAUUUGAGCCGGUUGAAACUUACAACUAACCUUCGUUUUGGACAAGAAAAGAUUUUUAUCAAUGAAAUAUACCAAUUUACUAGUUAAAGCAAUGACUAGCCAGAUAAUUUUAUUCUCUAGUAACAGUUGUCAGUAUAUGCACAAUUUUUGAGCAAAGAUUGACACGAAUGGUACAUGGAUGUCAAAUUAAUAAGCUUAUAUUAUGCACAUAUUGCACAUCUAUUCAUACUCGUUCUUCGACAGCUAUCCGAAACGGAGUUUGACCAUUUAUAUGUAUAAUGUAUAUGGUAUUAAAGUUCAAAAAAGCAUCCAAAAGGAAUAAAUGUAUCAUAUUACAUUAUUUAACAUAAAGUCUUCUUUUGUCAGUAGAUGUAGAUACUUUACUAAUGCCAUACCAAAAUUACUACGUACCGAAUUUCGGUCGUGACGUCGAAUCACUCGAUCUAGAAGGAAGUUUCAAAAACUAAUUUUACUGUUAAGUUUUGGUCACUUAAAGAAUCGAUUCUACUGUAUGCUGGCUUUCAAAUCUUUGAAUCAACUGAAGCCAGUAUUUGACGUAGUUUUGAAUCUAAAGUACCAGCUAAUCUUAUUUCAAAAGAGGCAGAUUUUUUACAUCACAUAAUUGGCCUAAAAAAUUAGUAAUAGGUAAUUGUACUUUUUGUUUUGUACACUCAUUUUAUCAUGUCAUAUUUUUUGUAUUUUUGCUCCUAACAGGAAUAAUAAUUAGGAAUGUUCAUGAAAUGCAUGGACCAUUAGUUUAUACAUAUAUCCUAAACGUCUGUGUUGUAAAUUGAUACGGCUAUUAAUUAAUUGGUAAAAACUGUAUCCAUGUAAUAUACGUACCUAUAUGCCGAAGUAUAUAGUCAAAAACUUUUAUUUAUAUGGUGAUUUCAAUUUUAUACAUGUAUUUUAAUUAUUGACGAAUAAGCAUAAGUCUGCUAACUGCAUGUACAUAUACAUAAGUGUAAACUAUGAUUAUUAUGUAUAUUAGAACAAGGAUGCAUCUAAUAGUGGUUAUAAUCUUUAGUACCUAGUAAUCAAUUGGUCAGCAACUGUACAAGAAUAAAUACCAAUGAUUCUAUUGCAA